AUGAAAUUUGGAUUGGCGUUCGAAGCGACGAUCGGAUGGACAAAGCAACGAGUUCGAACGGGUGUGCCAACUAGUCAUGCCAGCUGCCAGCGAUUGUCUUUCCUUCAGACACAUCGUCGUUGUCGCUCUUCUCCAUCACUCAGUUCACACUUCAUGCAGCGUUGCUUAGUGAUCGUGUCGCAGAUACCUCGGCCUGCUUUGCAGGAUCUUGGCUACGUGAACGGUGACGUAUGCAAGCCUUUCCUUCGGGCGCUGACGUACAAGGUGAAUGAGACAGCCGACUACUUCAAUGCAGAGCGCGUUUUGGCCAUGGGGUACAGCAUGGGUGGCUUUGGCGCGAUCCAACUUGGCUGCUGGGCGCCCGAGACCUACGACGCGGUCAUAUCGCUUGCUGGCUAUGGCAUGGGCACUCGAGCGCCCACGGAGAUCUCUGGUGCUCCACAACCCAAGGGACGCCGGGUAUUUGAAUGGUAUCUUGACGAGUACAUCCCGAAGCUUGCUGACGUGCCCAUCGUCUGGGGCGUCCACAGCCAGAGCGACGGCGUCUCGAGCUUCAAUGAUGUGCGCGCGAUCGUUGACAGGGUGAGUGAAACAGCUCGCCGAACAAGAAAGCGCUGCAACACCCGCAUGAUCGAGGUCUCGGCUGACGACGCCAAUACUGAUUACCCAAGAAAGAGAAGGGCCAGCGCUUCGGGCCACGGCUAUUUCAAUGUGACCUUACUGAAGGACCGAAGCGAGCACAUCUUCUGGGAGGACCUCCGCACCCAGCUUUCUCGCUCCGCCAAGCGGCAGCGACGACGCUGGGACAUGCCUCCAGAAGCCGAAAACAGA